AUGGGGUUCAGAGGCUAUUGCUCAGAUGAAGCUGCAGAUUCUGAUGAGUUGGAGAGUUUGAGUGGAUCUGAUACUGAAGAGGAUGAGGAUGGGAAUCCACUUCCAAAGAAGCUGAAUAAAGGAGUGAAGAUUAGGCCUUGGAUCAGAUCUGUGGAUCUGAAAAACCCCAAGUUCAGGUUGGGUUUGGCAUUCCCAAACUCAGAGCAGUUCAAGGAGGCUGUGAGGGAGUGUGCAAUCAGGAAUCAGAUUGGACUUUGGUUUGAAAAGAAUUCUAAGCACAAGGUUGAGGUCAACUGUCAAUGGGACUGCCCAUUUAGAUUGUAUGCUAGCACUUCAAAGGGUGAGGGUCCAACUUUGAUUAUAAGGACGUUGAACAACAAACACACUUGUUCUCCAGUGGAAACAAGCCACUUCUUGGAUUACAACAGGAUUGCAAGAGAGGUACAACCAGAUUUGUUGGUGGAUGAGAAUUGGUCCAGAGCUGGCAUACAUAAUCACAUACAGAAGAAAUACAAGUUGGAUGUGGGGGUGCAAACCAUCACAAGAGCUAAGAGAAAGGCAAAGAGGAUGAAUCAGGGCCAUUACAUUGAGCAGUACAACAACCUUGCUGCUUAUAGGAAAGAGUUAUUAAGAAGCAAUCCUGGUUCAACAGUUGAAAUCAAGACAUGUAUGGAUGGUGAAAUAAGGAGGUUUCAGAGAAUUUACAUUUGUUUUGCAGCAUGUAAGAAUGGGUGGAUGAAUGGCUGCAUGCCUCUCAUUGGUUUGGAUGGGUGUCACAUAAAAGGGCACCAUCCUGGACAGUUAUUAGCAGCAGUUGGCAUAGAUGCAAACAAUGGGAUGUUCCCAAUUGCAUAUGCCAUUGCUGAAGCUGAGAACCAAGAGACUUGGACCUGGUUCCUAGAGCUUUUGAAAUGGGAUUUGAAGAUGGACAAGGACAGCAGCUAUGCCUUUAUCACAGAUAAGCAGAAGGGGCUAGGAAAUGCAAUAGCAGAUUGGUUUCCAAAUGCUGAGCAUAGGCACUGUGUGAGGCAUUUUUACAAUAAUUUCAAGGCCAAGCAUCCAGGAGAGGGGCUGAAGCAGUUGGUUUGGAAUGCAGCUAGAUCCAGCACUGUUGUGUGGUAUAACAAGCACAUGGCUGAAUUGAGGGAGCUUAGUGAUGAUGCCUGGAAAUGGUUUCUUGACAAGAACCCAACACAUUGGUCUAGGGCUUAUUUCAGCGAGGACUCAAGGUGUGAUAUACUACUCAACAACCUUUGUGAGUCUUUCUAUGCAGCUAUAUUACCAGCUAGAGAUAAGCCCAUACUCACCAUGUUGGAAAAGAUUAGAAUGGAUAUGAUGGUGAGGCAAGCAAACAGAAUAGUGGCUUGUGAAAAGUGGAAAGAUUUGGUUGGACCUCGAAUCAAGAAAAUUAUUGACAAGACCAGUCAAAGAGCAACAUUAUAUAGAGCACACAGGUCUGGGGAAUUCAUAUUCCAAGUAACUGGGGACAGUGGCAGCAAUCAUGCAGUAGACUUGGGCCUUCAUACUUGCACUUGUAAGAGAUGGCAGCUAAGUGGGAUACCAUGUGUUCAUGCUAUCUGUGCAAUUAGGUUCAAGAAACAGGAUGCUGCCUUAUAAUGUGAUGACUACCUCAUGCCCUCAACCUAUUUGGAGUCAUACAACCCAAUAAUCUAUCCUAUAGCAGGCCAAGAGGAUUGGGAACCUGUUGAGUACCCAAUUGCACCUCCCCUUUACAAGCAGCAGCCUGGUAGGCCUAAAACGAAGAGAACAAAGGAACCCGGAGAGAGGAAACAGACCACAGCCCCACCUGCACCCCAAGAGGGUAAAUUGCCUAGAACUGGUAUCAAGAUUUCAUGCAGAGUAUGUGGGCAACAAGGACACAACAAGCUAGGUUGUCCAAUCACCAAGGCAGCAAAGGCAGCAGCCUCAGGAGAAGGUUCAUCAAAUGGACCAAAUGCUGGUAACAAAAGGAAGAGAACCAACAAGAAGCCUAAAAGAGCAUCUAUGCCAAAGGGGUGUUCCAACUUGAAGGAACAGAUCAUAAGGUCAAGGAAGACAUGGAAGAAGGUCAAGGAUGCUGUUGGUGGUACUUCUGGUGUCAAUACCAACGUAUCAACCUCACAAACAGUCCAGCAACCUCCUACUCAAAGCAGCCAAAAUCCUGCUGCAAGAGGUGCACAGAAGAUAUCUUCCCAACCUAUGCAAAGCCAACCUUCCUCUGAUUGGGCGGCUUCUUAAACAUAAACCUAUUCAGUUUGGUGUUUGUUAGCCUAUUUUGA